AUGUUAAGAUUUCAACGAUUUGCCUCGACGUAUGCACAGGCAAAAGUUUUAAGGAAGUAUCCUGUGGGAGGUGUAUUCCAUGGGUAUGAAGUGAAAAGGGUCCUUGCAGUACCAGAAUUGAAAUUAACAGCUGUUGAUUUAGUACAUGAUCAAACUGGUGCAGAGCAUCUCCAUAUUGAUAGAGACGACAAAAAUAAUGUUUUCAGUAUCAGUUUCAAAACGAAUCCACCUAAUUCCACCGGUGUCCCUCAUGUCCUCGAACAUACCACAUUAUGUGGCUCAAAGAAAUAUCCUGUGAGGGACCCCUUCUUCAAAAUGCUUAAUAAAUCUUUGGCAAAUUUUAUGAAUGCUAUGACAGGUCAUGAUUAUACUUUUUUCCCCUUUGCUACUACUAAUGCUAAGGACUUCAAUAAUCUAAGGGAUGUUUAUCUUGAUGCUACAUUGAACCCACUUUUGAAGCAGGAAGAUUUUUAUCAAGAAGGUUGGAGGUUAGAGCAUGAUACUGUAACUGAUGUAACUACUCCGAUCGUUUUUAAAGGCGUGGUCUACAAUGAAAUGAAAGGACAGGUCUCCAAUGCUAACUAUUACUUUUGGAGUAAGUACCAGGAAGGAAUAUACCCGUCUUUAAAUAAUUCAGGAGGUGACCCAACUAAGAUAACCAAUUUGAAAUACGAGGAUCUAAUAGAAUUUCAUAACAAAAAUUAUCAUCCCUCUAAUUGUAGGACAUUUACAUAUGGAAAUUUGCCCUUGGAGGAAACAUUGAAACGAUUAAAUGAAGAUUUCAUAGGAUACGGUAAAAGAAAAGUUUCGGACCAAGUGCUUUAUCCAAUUAAACUGGAGAAGGAUAGAACUCUGUCGAUGAAGGGUCAGAUAGAUCCAAUGUUACCUCCAGAAAGGCAGCUCAAGAGCUCAAUGACCUGGAUCUGCGGUUCGCCAGCUGAUUAUUAUGAAACAUUCCUUCUUAAGAUUAUCAGUAAUAUGCUACUCGACGGACAUUCAUCUGAAUUUUAUCAAGCUUUAAUCGAAUCUAGUGUUGGAUUUGAAUUUUCCGUAAACACUGGUCUCGAAUCUACCACGCAGGCUAACCUAUUUACUAUCGGUGUACAAGGUAUUGAAAACGAAAAAGUAUUUGAAGAAGUUGUUAGGAAAGUUUUCCAAGACGUGAUGAAGAAGCCAUUCGAACGCAAGAGAAUAGAUGCAAUUAUCCAUCAGCUAGAGCUGGGGAAAAAGGACCAAAAAUCAGAUUUUGGUAUGCAAAUCCUGUAUUCUAUCUUACCAGGUUGGUCUAAUAAAUUAGAUCCCUUUGAUUCGUUAUCUAUCGACGAAACGUUAACACGAUUCAAAGAAGACUUGGAUAAGAAGGGAGAUCAUCUAUUUCAUGAUUUGAUAGAAAAGUAUAUUCUUGAUAAACCAUGUUUCAAAUUUUCGAUGAGAGGGUCAGAAGACUUUUCUGAAAUGUUAGAAGCAGAGGAGAAGACUCGUCUAGCAGAUAAAGUAUCGAAAUUAAAUACAGAGGACGAAAAAGUCAUUUAUGACAGAGGGAUAGUUUUGCAAGAAAUGCAACAAAAGAAGGAAGAUGUUUCAUGUCUACCAAGUUUGCAAAUUGAAGACAUUCCAAGAAUUGGGGAAAAAUAUGACGUUAAGAAAAAUGCCAAUAUUAAAUACCGUAUGACAGAUACGAAUGACAUUACGUAUAUAAGAGCCAAGAGAUCUUUAAACAACAUAAUCCCAUUUGAACUAUAUCCUUAUCUUCCUCUAUUCGCGGACUCGUUGACUAGCUUGGGGACAGCUACUGAGUCGUACAGUGAUAUUGAAGAUUCCAUGAAGUUAUACACUGGUGGUGUGUCGGCACAUAUUAACACUUCAGCAGAUCCCAUUUCAUUACAACCUCAUUUGUAUUUUGGGUUUGAUGGAUGGUCACUUAAUUCCAAAUCAGAACAUAUCUUUGAAAUAUGGGAGAAAUUAUUAUUGAAUACAGAUUUCAAGAGAAAUAGCGAUAAGUUAAAGACCUUAAUUAGGCUACAAGCAACAUCAAAUACUUCCUCUGUGGCUGAGUCAGGUCACCUUUAUGCACGUGGUUAUGCUGCAGCUUCGCUGGACGUUACCAAGUCAAUCAAUGAGAAACUAAAUGGUAUUGAACAAUUGCAAUUAAUCAACAAAUUAAAUAUGAUGCUAGAAGACGAAGAGAUAUUUCAAAAGGAAGUGGUGGAUAAAUUAAUUAGAAUUCAAAAAUUGAUUAUAAAUUCUCAAGGGCUAGAAUUUUUUGUUACCACAGAUACCGAGCAUCAAGGUGGUAUAAUUCAAACACAAGUUUCGAACUUUAUUGCCAAGAUGCCUCACAAAUCCCCCCAAGAGGUUUCUGAUAAUACAUUGAACUUUCCUCUGAUUCCUUCUACGAGUGGUAUCUCGACGUUGAUCAAUUUCCCCUUCCAAGUUCAUUAUGCAUCAGAAUGUCUAAGAGGUGUUUCUUAUACACAUAAUGACGGAGCCCCAUUACAAAUUCUUUCGAAUCUAUUAACAUUUAAAUACUUACAUCGUGAAAUCAGAGAGAAAGGGGGUGCAUAUGGCGGUGGAGCAUCAUAUGAUGCACUUUCUGGUAUCUUUGGAUAUUAUUCAUAUAGGGAUCCUCAACCAUUAAGAUCUUUGAAGACAUUUAAGAGUAGUGCAGAAUACGUGUUGAAUAAUGCGCAAUGGACAAAGACGGAACUAGAUGAUGCCAAAUUGACUAUUUUCCAGCAGAUUGAUGCUCCAACGAGCCGUAAGGGAGAAGGUGUUACAGAAUUCUUAACUAAUGUUACAGAGGAAAUGAGACAAACUAGAAGGGAACAGUUAUUGGAUACUAGAUUGUCGGAUAUUGAGAGAGUUGCUCAGGAAUACUUGCUGAACAAAGAAGGUGUUAGUGCUGUUGUUGGACCAGUCAUUGAAGGUGAGACAAUGGAACCCAAGUGGAAUAUUAAGAACUUGUAG